AUGGUGCAGGAAGAAAGGAGGUAUAUGUUCUGGGUUCACCUGCCAGCCUUUGCAUUCAUGAAGCGUUUUGAAGACCAAAUAGCAGUUGAAAAUCAACGAAGAUCCUUCAACUCUUCUUUCUUCAUCUCGUGUUCUUUGAAGGCCAAGGAAGCAGCUGAAAGUCAACAAAGUUCCUUCACCUCUUGUGAAUAUGUAACUGUCUUGAAGACACAUAAUCAUGUUAAAACUCCUGAAUCCCUUGGUUGUCACCUAAAGCAGCUUCUUAUGGAAGCUGAAAGAAAAGUGCAAGAGUUAGGUGGUGGCCUUCAGCUAUUGAAGAUACAUCUUGUAACAAUAAUAAUAAUAACAACAAUACUAGAGCAUCAUUUAGUAUUAUCAGCAGUCAUGUGCACAAGGAAAGUCUCUCAGCACUGGGCCAAGUCAGGACCUCCUAUUAAGAAUGACAGUGAUAUUGUUCGCACACGGAUCGCUGCGAAACAAGUGAAGGGAAUAACACGUGCAGCUUAUGUUAUGAUUGUGGAUUCCAAGAGCCAGAACAACAAGACUCGCCUAUAUGCACCAAAUUCAAAGUUUAAUGGAGCUGCUCAGAAGCCUUCAGUUCUUUAGCUGGAGAGAGAGAAAUUUGAGAUAUGAAACACAUGGAAUGUCACAUAGGUGAUCUGAUUCAAGGACAAAGGUAUUAUUUCCGAGUAGCUUGUGGCAACUUGAAAGGAUAUGGAAAGUUUAGGCAGUCUACACCUAAAUCGGUUAUUCCUUCUAGUAAGUUGGCGAGAUGUUGAGGUCGUGAGCCAAGAUUUGCAGGACGUCUGCAACUUCUUGAAGAUCUGUUUUCUGAAAUAAGAAGCUCAAGACCAGAACAUGCAGCAGAAAUAAAAGCUACUGUUCAAGCUGGAGAACUCCUGGAAUUCAAAGACGAAAUCAAAGAAAGAAAACUGCUAUUAAACAACUCUUUACUAUGGCAUCAAAAUUACAGAAAAAUUUAAGAAGGUAUGUUUAUACAUAUGUACUCUUUUG